AUCAGGAUAUCUUGAGCCCAAAAUUCUCUUCGUGUAGGCUUAAUACUACGUCUUCCUCGUCCAUUCUCCUCUUUCUGGCAGACUUGCUCGCACAUGGACGAUCCCUUUGCCUCCAUCAUUUCCGAAUGCAUUACACGUCCAGAGGUAGAAGAAGCUCUCCUUCGCGCGCCCAUAAUUGGCGAACCCUGCUUCUUCUCCGGCAUCUGCAGCCUCGACGGACAGAACUUGCCCGCCGCUCCUAACCCCAAUACGCUGUCGGAGAUCCGGAGGAUUCCGGAUUCACCUUCGAACCUUCUUGACGAAGAGGGCUUAAGGGACAUCCCGGCCGCCUGCAAGGGGUCCUCUUCUUUCCCUCCGCCGCGCCUUCGGCUGGACGAUUUCACCGCCCUAAUCAACAAUGUCUCGCAGAAUUCCGACAGGAGCUUAGGCCGUCAAGAUAUUCUCGAAAUCGCCAAAAGCAAAGGCCUUUCCUUACCUCCACCCAAGUGGUGGCGCCCUGGUGGCUACGAAAAGGUGCCAUAAGCACUGAGUGUUAUGAAGCUUUCCCAUUUUGAGGCGGAGAUGGUUUUGCUUUAUCUUCUUUACCUUUUCUAUGCCGCCUUCCAGUUGUUUGAUGUGUUGACAAUGAAAGCUUUUAGAAUGAUGGCUCUGUCUUGGCGAACUAGCAUAUAAUCUCUAUUGUUUCUCUAUAUGUUUCAGCAUUGAACUAACAUAGGCCAUCAUAGUAAUAACUACUAAUGCUUAUAUAUAUAUAUAUAUAUAUAUAUAUAUAUAUAUAUAUAUAUGGUUAAAAUGUUGAACAUUUGUUUGAAUUCUUAACUCAUUGUUUGCUCUUUUCCUC